AUGUCGAGCAACAAUGCGCGCCCGAAUUGUACAUGUGAGGAUCGUGAAGCGCAUAAGGAUAUCUCUCGUGGAUAUCUGUACAUGGUGAAACUGAGUUUAAGGGAUGAAGAUGUGAAGUUUCGGAAGUUUUUGAAACUUCUGAGUGACUGGAAAGCGGCCCAAAUCACCAUUAUAGAAGUCGUCGUAGAGGUUAAAUCUAUGUUCAAAGAUCAUCCACAAAUUCUCAACGGGUUCCGAGAAUUCCUUCCGCUGGAGUUUGCAAAUCUCAUUCCCAAGGUGGAAUAUUAUGCAGACCAGUGA